CCUUUUGUUUUUUCCUUUUAACCUAUAAUAAUAAGGGGAGUUCAUUUCCUGGUCGUAUCACAUCAGCAAUCUCUAUCGGCGGCGGCGGCACGGCGGCGUUUGAUUUCUUUGGUGGAGAGUUGGAAUAUGUCUCUGGUGCGUACGAUCUUCCUACAAUGCCCUCCGAUUCCGCAUUUGCCCACUGCGUUCUCUUCCAGAGGUACGGUUUCGGUGAAGUUCGACGUUUCCUGUUGCUGCGUUGCCACGCCGGAGACUCUGGUCAGAGAGAGCGUGGAUGAGAAGCGGUUCCAGAGAACCGAAGUGCGCCUCGGCUUGCCGAGCAAAGGUCGAAUGGCGACCGAUACUCUCGAUCUUCUCAAGGAUUGUCAAUUGUCCGUGAGGCAGGUGAAUCCGAGGCAAUACGUUGCUGAUAUUCCUCAGAUUCCAAGUUUAGAGGUUUGGUUUCAACGCCCUAAAGAUAUUGUGAGGAAAUUGGUAUCAGGAGAUUUAGACCUUGGAAUUGUUGGUUUGGACACUGUAAAGGAAUAUGGACAGGGGAAUGAAGAUCUUGUUCUUGUCCAUGAUGCUCUUGACUUUGGAGAUUGCCGUCUAUCUCUAGCAAUUCCCAAUUAUGGCAUAUUUGAGGGUAUAAAUUCUUUGGAAGAGUUAGCACAGAUGCCACAGUGGACACCCGAGAAGCCCCUAAGAGUUGCCACCGGCUUCACACAUUUGGGUCCUAAGUUUAUGGAAGAAAAUGGCCUAAAGUAUGUGAAAUUUUCUACUGCUGAUGGUGCUCUGGAAGCAGCUCCAGCUAUGGGAAUAGCCGAUGCUAUCGUGGAUCUUGUGAGUAGCGGAACCACAUUAAAAGAGAAUAAUCUAAAAGAAAUCAAAGGUGGAAUCAUCUUGGAGAGUCAGGCUGUAUUCGUUGCUAGUAAAAGGUCAUUGAUCCAGCGAAAAGAUGUGCUCGAUGUAACUCACGAAAUGCUCGAAAGACUGGAAGCACAUUUACGCGCUGUUGGUCAAUUCACAGUAUCUGCCAACAUGAGGGGAAGCAGCGCCGAGGAAGUAGCCGAGCGAGUACUCACCCAGCCAUCUUUAUCCGGCUUGCAGGGCCCGACAGUAAGCCCAGUUUUUCGAAUGCGCGAUGGGAGUGUUGUAGCUGAUUAUUUUUCUGUAGUUAUUUGUGUGCCGAAAAAAGCACUUUAUAAAUCCAUUCAGCAGCUUCGGGCGAUCGGAGGGAGUGGUGUUCUGAUUAAGCCUCUGACUUACAUCUUUGACGAGGAAACUCCUCGAUGGUUAGAACUUCUUUCGACUUUGGGGUUGUAAUAUCGGGAUCGACUACCGGCAUUGCUAUGGUGUUUGUUGGCAGGGGGGGCAGAGAAGGUUUUUGUAAGUCUUAGACUUAGCCUCAAAUCAAAUGUUCUCAGCUGGUUCUUACAUUACAUUUAUAGGAUUAUUGCUUGCUUGUUUGUUUACUGGUUACUCUGUCCAGUUGAAUGAAUACACAUUAGAUUAAUAAUAGUAGUAGUGGUUAUGCUAUUAAGUGUUAAUUUCUUUCGCAAGACUAUCAUGUCAUGAAAUGGCCAAAGCCAAGACUAUCAUGUCAUGAAAUGUUAUGCUAUUGUUUGGGGUUUGGAUUUUGAGGUGGGAUUUGAAUAGUAAAAGUUUUGAAUUUGAAUA